AAGCAACUACGGCACAGUUCACACAGUCACACUUCACACACUGCAGCCAUCUGAGUUCACAGCACUAUGUCCAGUAUAGCUAACCACUUGGCCAGGAGGAAAGCUAGGGAGGAAGGUGAAGGUAGCAACGACAAGGCCAUCCCCUUUAACAAGCAAGACUUCCAGACCCUGAGGAGAGAGUGUCUGGAGAGCGGGAAACUCUUCAGUGACACAUCCUUCCCUGCUGAUUGGAACUCUCUUGGGUACAAUGAGUUGGGUCGCUACUCUUCAAAAACCCGGGGCGUUGAGUGGAAAAGACCAAAGGAGUUGUGCUCAAACCCUCAGUUCAUUGUUGAAGGAGCCACGAGAACUGACAUCUGCCAAGGGGCUUUGGGUGACUGUUGGUUGCUGGCAGCCCUUGCCUCUCUUACCUUGGACAAAGACAUCUUGGCUCGAGUGGUACCCCCUGGACAGAGCUUUGAGGAGAAUUACGCUGGCAUCUUUCACUUCCAGUUUUGGCAGUAUGGACAGUGGGUGGAUGUUGUGAUUGACGAUAGGCUGCCCACAAGAGAGGGGAAACUGCUGUUUGUUCACUCAGCUGAGGGCUCAGAGUAUUGGAGCGCCCUGCUGGAGAAGGCCUAUGCUAAAGUCAACAGUUCCUAUGAGGCCUUGUCUGGGGGCUCCACCACAGAAGGCUUUGAGGACUUCACUGGGGGCAUCGCUGAGACAUAUAAUCUUGGCAAGGCCCCACAGUGCCUGUUCAAAAUCAUGAAGAAGGCCCUGGGGCUGGGUUCUCUUUUGGGCUGCUCCAUUGAUAUAACAAGUGCGUACGAGACGGAGGCAGUUACUGGUCAGAAGCUGGUGAAGGGGCAUGCGUACUCAAUCACUGCAGCAGAAGAGGUACACCUGCAUGGGACUCCAGUUGAGCUGGUGAGGAUCAGAAACCCCUGGGGUCAGGUGGAGUGGACGGGUGCCUGGAGCGAUGAUUCCAGGGAAUGGGAUGGAGUACGACCGGAGGAGAAAUCCAAGCUCGACCACUCUGCAGAAGAUGGAGAGUUUUGGAUGGCCUACUCUGAUUUCCUAAGGCAGUACUCCAAGCUGGAGAUCUGCAACCUGACUCCAGACACGCUGGUCAGUGAUGAAGUGGGUCGCUGGAACCACUACCAGUUUGAGGGGAUGUGGAGGGUAGGCUCUACCGCUGGAGGAUGCAGGAACCAUGCAGCCACAUUCUGCUCUAACCCCCAGUUUGCCAUUAAAUUGGAUGAUGUGGAUGAUGACCCCCAUGAUGGCAAGGAUGGCUGCACCUUCUUGGUGGGCCUCAUGCAAAAAGACGGCCGCAAAGAGAGGAGAUUCAGCCGGGACCUCAACACCAUUGGCUUUUCAAUAUACCAGGUUCCUGAUGAGUAUAAGGGCCGCACCAACAUCCACCUGGGCCCAGAUGUGCUGCUGAGACAGAAGUCUGUGGCAAUGAGCAAUACCUUCAUCAACCUGCGGGAGAUCUGUGACCGCUUCAAGUUGCCCCCCGGGGAGUACGUCAUCAUCCCCUCCACGUUUGAGCCGCACAAGAAGGGCAGCUUCCUCUUGAGAGUCUUCGCCGAGAAGCAUGCUGCCACCAGUCCAAUGGAAGAGGAUAUCAGUGUGGAAGUUGACGAGCCUGAUAUUACAGAGGGUGAUGUGGAUCCCUACUUCAAACGUCUAUUCUUGCAGAUUGCUGGAAGCGAUUCCGAAGUUUCUGCCUUUGAACUUCAAAAGAUUUUAAACAGAGUGGUAACUCAGAGAUCUCACGUCAAAACUGAUGGAUUUAGCCUCGAGACCUGUCGUCACAUCAUCAGUCUGUUGGAUAUGGAUGGCAAUGCAAAGUUGGGCCUGGUUGAGUUCCAUACUGUGUGGACUAAGAUCCAGAAGUAUUUGGAAAUCUUCAAAAGUCACGACUCUGACAACUCUGGCACGAUGAGCACCCACGAGAUGAGGGAGGCGUUGACUGAAGCAGGAUUUCAGCUUAACAGCGAGGUGCUCCAGCUAAUUGUGUCCCGCUACGCUAACUCAGAGUACUCCAUGGACUUUGACUGCUUCAUGGGCUGCCUGAUACGACUGGAAAUGCUAUUUAAAAUGUUCAAAACACUUGACAAACAUGACAGUGGGAAGAUCGAAUUGGAUGCAUUGCAGUGGGUCUGCCUGGGCCUCAAUUAAGAUUCCAGAGAUAAUAAUCUACUACAGGGACAGAUGAAGACAUACAACUCCAUUGCAUUGGACUCCACGGCUAAGAUUUCUCUAUGUGUUAUUUUACUGUUGCUUUUAUUGAAUGAGACAAAAUACUUUAUAGGGCUCUUGUCUACAAUAGCCUAUGGAUCACUCUACACCAGGGUUGGGGUCAAUCAGAUUGAAAAAAUAUUUAAUAUUUUACCACAAGACAUAUUGAGACCUAGGUCUCUUAUUCAAAUGUGCCCUGCGCAAUACAACAACAAAAAUAUACACAUUAUGGGAAGCACAAGUAAAACAUCACAAAUCACGCAGAAAAACAGUUACAUUCCUACACAAUUAAGUCCCCGAUCAAUACUCUAAACUGCCCCGAACAGCACCAGAAUAUUAAGAUGAAAUGUAUUGGGACAAAUUCACUUACACUGUAUGUGUAUUAAAGUAGUCAAAAGUUUAGUAUCGGUCCCAUAUUCCUAGCACGCAAUGAUUACAUCAAGCUUAU